CUGUCCCCUCCCUGCAGGAUGGACCCCUACGCGGACACCCUGCUGCGGCUGCGGGAGGCCUUCAGCACAGGGCGGACGAGGCCGGCCGAGUUCAGGGUGGCGCAGCUCAAGGGCCUCCACCGCUUCCUGCAGGAAAACAAGCAGCUUUUGCAGGAGGUGUUGGUGCAGGACCUGCACAAGUCAGUCUUUGACGCAGACGUAUCCGAGCUCAUCAUAUGCCAGAACGAGGUCAACCUGGCGCUCCAGAAGCUACACACCUGGAUGAAGGAUGAGUACGUGGCCAAGAGCCUGGUGAGCCACUGCCUGCAGCGGGUGGGGGUCUUGUUCAUCCGGAAGAAGCCCUUGGGCCUGGUGCUCAUCAUCGCCCCCUGGAACUACCCGAUGCACCUGACCCUGGUGCCGCUAGUGGGCGCCCUCGCCGCAGGGAACUGCGUGGUGCUGAAGCCAUCAGAAUUAAGUAAGGGCACAGAGAAGGUCUUGGCUGAGGUCCUGCCUCGAUACCUGGACCAGGGCUCCCCGAGCCUGGGCCGCAUCAUCAGCGACAAGCACUUCCAGCGCCUCCGGGGCCUGCUGGGCUGCGGCCGCGUGGCCAUCGGCGGCCAGAGCGACGAGAGCGAGCGCUACAUCGCCCCCACGGUGCUGGUGGACGUGCAGGAGACGGAGCCGGUGAUGCGGGAGGAGAUCUUCGGCCCCAUCCUGCCCAUCAUGAACGUGAGGAGCCUGGACGAGGCCAUCGACUUCAUCAACCGUGGGGAGAAGCCCCUGGCCGUGUAUGCCUUCUCCAACAGCAACCAGGUAGUGACCCAGAUGCUGGAUCCGACCAGCAGCGGCAUUUUCCGAGGCAACCAAGAUUUCUCUCACAUGUCUCCGUCUUCCCUGCCGCUGGGGGGCGUCGGUAACAGUGGCAUGGGAAGAUACCAUGGCAAGUUCUCCUUCGACACCUUCUCCCACCACCGCGCCAGUCUGCUCUCCCCCUCGGGCCUGGAGAAGCUCCAUGAAUUCCGCUACCCGCCCUACACCAACCUGAGGCAGCAGCCGAUAGGCUGGGCCUUAGGCUCCCACAGCUGCACCCUUCUGUGA